AUGGCAGAAGUACCUUACGACCAGAAGGAGAAGACGUUGACGCAGAACGAUGCCAAUGAGAUUUCUGUUGCAUAUGGUUCGAUGGAGGAGAGCGAUUCAAGAAAAGAUGCUCCUUCAGAAAACGGCCUCCAUCGUUCGCUCAAGCCCCGUCACUUGCAGAUGAUUGCAAUCGGAGGUGUCAUUGGAACGGGUCUCUUCUUGGGAACCGGUGGUGAUCUUCAACAUGGCGGCCCUGCUGGUUUACUGCUGGGUUAUGCCGUAAUGGCAUCUGUACUAUUCUCGGUCAUGGUUGCCUUGGGUGAGAUGGUCUCCUGGUUUCCCAUUCCAGGUGGCCAGUUCGCUUUGGCUGGCCGGUUUAUGUCUCCGGAAUUAGGUUUUGCUAUGGGAGUUUUGUACUGGUACAACUAUAUCAUUGUCCUUCCUGCUGAAAUAUCUGCGGCCUCGGUCUUAAUUACCUACUGGACCCCCGCUGGAGUUUCUGGCUCGACAUGUACCACUGGCAUAUGUAACAAUGCUAUGUGGGUUGGACUCAUGCUCAUUGUGGUGUGGGCAAUCAAUCUUGCGGGAACUCGUGUGUUUGGCGAGAUGGAAUUCUGGUUUGCCUCUAUCAAGGUUAUCACUAUUAUCGGUCUUAUCAUCGCGGGCAUUGUUAUCACAGCUGGCGGUGGACCAAACCAUGAGAGUAUUGGGUUCAGAUACUGGAACGAGACUGGAGGAUUUGUACAAUAUUCGGGAAUAGCCGGUUCAAAGGGACGCUUCUUAGGCUUCUUCAGCACGUUGGUUAAUGCCGCCUUUGCUUUCAUUGGCACCGAGAUUACUGCUAUAAGUGCCGCUGAGACUGCCAACCCGCGACUAAAUGUCCCACGUGCAAUCAAGAGUGUUUGGAUCAGACUUAUGAUAUUCUACGUUUUGAGUGUCUUCGUGGUUGGCUUGCUGGUCUCGCCUUCUGAUCCUUCUCUUGAUCUCGGAAAAGCUGCUGCCAAAAGUCCUUUUGUCAUUGCAAUCAAGAAUGCCGGAAUUCCAGUGCUGCCCUCCAUCAUCAAUGCCGCUCUUCUCACCAGUGCAUGGUCCGCUGGCUGCGCCGAUAUGUUUGUCUCGUCGCGCACCCUCUAUGGUCUCGCUUGCCGUGGCCAUGGCCCUAAAUUCCUUCUGAAGACCAGAAAGUCGGAUGGCCUUCCCUGGGUUUGCGUGAUGAUUUCUAUGGCCUUUUCAUUACUCUCAUUCAUGGCGGCAGAUCAGAAGGGCAAGGCUGGCACAGUUUUCGGCUACUUCUCAAACAUGACGGCCAUUUGUGGUAUGAUCUCAUGGGCCUGCAUCUUGGCGACUAGCAUCCGUUUUCAGAAGGCUUUGAAGUUUCACGGCGUUGACCGCAAGACUCUUCCUUACACGGCUCCCUUCCAGCCGUACCUCAGUUACUAUGCAAUGGCAUUUUGCGUGAUAGUCAUAAUAUUUGGUGGCUUCAGUUCUUUCAUUCAUUCCUUUGACACCUCCUCAUUUAUCACCACUUACUUCCCAAUUCCCUUCUUUAUCGUUCUAUUAGUUGGUUACAAAUUGUACCACAAGACGAAGGUUAUCAAGAUUGAGGACUUUGACCUUGUUACUGGUUCUUCUACCGCCAUGAUCGAAGAGUCUAAGCCCAAAUCCUUUUGGAAGAAGAUUUCUGAAAACGUGUAA